GGCGCUCAGCCAAACGCUGGCCAGGUGGCAGGCAGAGGCAGCGCGCAGCGCGGGUUGCCACCGGGAGCUCUGCUUACCGUGCGGAGUUGGUGAGGAGCUCAUCGAGACCGGACGGGAAUUCAGUUUCAGUGGAAGCUCGACGCUGCUAGGCCCUUGAGAGGCUCUGUUGCACCUGGCCCAUGUGAGCUCCUCCUGGAAGUUAAGUGGUGGAGUCCUGAACACCUGCCAGGCAGCCUUGGCCUGGGGAUUUUGAAGUCAUCAUUAAUGGGCAAAGUGUUCGGGUUCCUGAGAGAAACUUGCCAGUUAAUCCUGGCUGAGUCUCAGCAGUACCCGGGGGAAUCCACCUCGAAGAAGGAAGAGAACAACAACAUGAAGAGGGAGAGAGAACAUUUCAAUGCCUGGGACAACCCUCAUGGCCUGGUUGGUUUACACAACAUCGGACAGACCUGUUGUCUUAACUCCCUAAUUCAGGUAUUCAUAAUGAACGUGGACUUCACCAAGAUAUUGAAAAGGAUAAAAGUGCCAAGGGAAGCAGGAGAACAGAGAAGAAGUGUUCCCUUCCAGCUUCUUUUGCUGCUGGAGAAGAUGCAAGACAGUCGGCAGAAAGCAGUGCGACCCAUGGAGUUUGCCUACUGCCUCCAGAAGUACAAUGUGCCACGUAAGACAGUCCUUUCAGUUCUGGCUGCUGCCUACUGAUCUAAAGAGGCUGGGAGCCUGGGAGGCAAGAGAGUGAGGAAAAGGGCAGUGAAUGAAUCAGGGCUCCGUACUUGGUGCACAUCUGUGAUUGUGGCAGUUUGUGAACCUGAGAUAGGAGGAUCCCAAGUUCCAGCUAGCCUGGCAACUUAGUGAAACCCUGUUUCAAAAUAAAAAAUUGGGGAUAUAGCUCAGUGGUACAACACCCCUGGGGUUUAAUCCCUAGAAACACACACACACACACACACACACCACAUAAUCACCAAGAAGGAAGUGAGGUGACCCUAGGCCCCUUAUUUUUUUAAUUUAAUUUAUUUUCUGGUUAUAGGUAGACACAAUAUCUUUAUUUUAUUUUUAUGUGGUGCUGAGGAUCGAACCCAGUGCUUCACGCAUGCUAGGCGGGCAUUCUACCUCUGAGCCCCAACCCCAGCUCCAAACCCUUAUUUUUAAGGUAUUGGUGUAUAUCUGAAAUUUUUUUAAACUUUUGUUUAUUUUAAUAUAUAUUUUUUGUGAUUAUUACCAGUUUACUAUUUUUUCCAAUGAUUUUCUUUUUAAAUUGGCAUAACCAUACGUUUAUGGGAUAUAUUGUGGUAAUCUGAUGCAUUUUUUAUACAUGUGUAACAGUCAAAUCAAGGUCAUUAGCAUUUCCCUUUCCUUAAACACUUUCCAUUUCUUUGUGUUUCAAAGCUUUGAACUCCUCUCUCCUAAUUGCUUAUAAAGUGCAUAAUAAAUAGUUGUCAGUAGUCACUCUACUGUGCUCUAGAACAUUAGAACUUACUGCUACUAUCUAACUCUAUUUUGGUACCUGCUAUUCAACAUCUUCCCAUCCACCCUUCUCUCUACCCUUCCUAAUUUCUAAUGGCUACCCUGUGACUUUCUCCUUCUUUGAAAUCAACUGUUUGGUUUCCACAUAUAAAUGAGAAUGUGUGGAACGUGUCUUUAUGUGUUUGAUUUAUUUCACUUAACAUAAUGUCCUCCAAUUCCACCCAUAUUUUUGCAAAUGACAGGAUUUCAUUCUUUUUAAUGGCUGAUUGAUAUUCCACUGUGGAUAGAUACCCACAUUUUUUCACUCAUUCAUCGAUCCAUUGGUGAACAUUUAGUUUUUUAUUAUUUCUUGGAUAUUGUGAAGAGUGCUGCAAUAAAUGUGAGAGUCAGAUGUCUCUUUACCCAACUGUGUGUAUUUAUGCCAGUACCAUGCUCUUUUGGUUAUUGCUUUAUAGUAUGUUUUGAAGUCAGGUGUUGUAAUGUUUCCCUUUUUGUUCUUUUGGCUCAGGUUUGCUUCAGCUCUUCAAGGUCUUUUGUGGUCCCCUAUAGAUUUUUUUCUAGUUCUGUGAAGAAUGUCAUUGGUAUUUUGAUAUUGUCCUCUUCAAUUUCUUUCAUCAGUGGUUUAUAAUAUUCAUUAUAGUGUUAGGUCCAUUUGCUCUAUACUAUAAUUUAACUCUGUUGUUUCUUUGUUGGUUUUGUGUCUGGAUGAUUUGUUCACUGAUGAAAGUGGAGUAUUGAAGUUCCUAAGUAUUAUUUUAUUAUUUAUUCAGUCUAAGAAUGUUUGUUUUAUACAACUGUGUGCUACUGUGCUGGGUGAAUAUAUAUUUAUAGUUGUUAUAGCUUCUUGUUAUCUCUUUAUCAUUCUGUAGUUAUUUUCUUGUCUUUUUUAUAAUGUUUUCCUUAUAGUCUAUUUUUUUAUUUCUGCUUGGUUUUGGUUUCUGUUUGUAUGUUAUAUAUUUUCCUGUCCCUUAAUUUUUAAUCUGUGUGUAUCUUUACUGGUUAAGCGAUUUUCUCGUAAAGGCAUAUUUUUGAGCCUUACUUUUUAAAAUUCAUUCAUCCAGUCCAUAUCUUAAUUAAGAGAUUUAACCCAUUUACAUUCAAGGUUAUUAUUGAUAAGUUGAGACCUAUUUCUGUGACUUUGUUAAAAAUUUUUGAUUUUUUUGUGUAUUUCUUGCUCCUUUCUUCCUUUCUUGUCCAUUCUUAUUGAUGGGUGGUUUUUCUGUAUUGGUAGGGUGUGAUUCUCUUCUCUUUUUCUUUUGGUUCCUGCUUGACCAUUGAGUUUUGUACUUUUGUGCAUUUUUGUGGUGGUGGUCAUCAUUCUUUCUCUUCUGCCGAACUCCCUUAAGCGUUUCUUGUCAGCCUGGUGAUGAAUUCCCUUAGUUUUUGUCCUGGAGACUCUUUAUUUCUUCUUCAUUUCUGAAGGAUAUAUCUGCUGGGGAUAGUAUGUUGAUUGGCAAUUUUUUUGUUAGUUCAAGAUUUCUUUCCUGCUCAAUGGAGGACUUUUAGAUCAAAUCUAUUGGGACUCUUUUAAGCUUCCUGGACGUGAAUAUUUGUAUCUGUCCCCAAGAUUUAGAAUGUUUUCAUUGAUUAUUUCAUUGAAUAGAUUUAUUAUGCCUUUUUCCUUCUCAUCUUUUCUUUUGGGGGGUUACUAGGGAUUGAACCCAGGGUGCUUAACCACUGAGUCACAUCCCCAGCCCUUUAAAAAAAUAUUUAUUUUUUAGUUUUAGGUGGACAUAAUAUCUUUAUUUUUAUUUUUAUGUGGUGCUGAGGAUCAAACCCAGUGCCUCAUGCAUGCUAGGCUAGUGCAUGCUAGUUGUGCCACUGAGCCACAACCCCAGCCUCCCCCAGCCCUUUGUAUUUGUUUAUUUUGAGACAGGGUUUCACUAAGUAGCUUAGGGUCUCACUAAGUUGCUGAUGUUAGUCUCGAACUUGUGAUCCUCCUGCCUCAGCCUCCCAAGUCACUGGAAUUACAGGUGUGCUCCACCAUGCCUGGCUCCUUCUCAUCUCUCAGUUAAAAAAAUUUUUUUUGUAGUUAUAGAUGGACAGCAUGACUUUAUUUUAUUUGCUUUUUUUUUUGUAUGUGGUACUGAGGAUUGAACCCAGUGUCUCACAUGUGCCACGUAAGCACUCUGACACUGAGCCAUAGCCCAAGCCCUCCUUCUCAUAUCUUGUAGCACCCACUGUAUGAAUAUUUGCUUAUUUAAUUGUGUCCUGUGGACCUUAAUGGCUUUUUUAGUUCUUUAAAAUUAGCUCUUUUUCAUUUCAUUUCUUUUUUUCCCCCCAAAGACCUGUGUUCAAGCUUGGACAUUGUUUCUUCUGCUUGACUAGUUCUUCUGUUAAGGAUCUCAAAUAUAUAUUGUUCAGUUUUUAGCACCACAAUUUUUGAAUGGUUCUUUUUUAUUAUGUCUUUGCUAAAUUUCUUAUUUAUGUCAUGAAUUCUCUUUGUAUUUUUCAUUGACUUGUCUGUCUGUAUUCUCUUGAAUCUCAAUAAGUUUCCUUAAAAGUCAUUCUUUUGAAUUCUUUGUCAGGUAAUUUGAUGACUUUCUUUUCUUCAGGGUUUGUUCCUAGAGAGUUAUUAGGUUCCUUUGGAGAUAUUAUAUUACCUUGUUUUUUCACGCUUUUCUUUCCCAUAUGUUGGAAUUUAUGCAUCUAGUGGGUCAGUUUUCUCUAUUAAAAAAAGUGAGUAUUUGUGUUUCAGAUUUAGAGGAAAAACUCAACUUCUCCCCUUAAGUAUAAUAUCUUUGAGUUUUUCACAUCUGACCUUUAUUGAGUUUUCUUUGUAUUUAAAUUUUUUAGUUGUUGAUGGACUUCUAUUUUAUUUAUUAAUUUAUUAAUAUGUGGUGCCGAGAAUGGAA